AUGCAACCUAUAUGCUGGCGGCUUUUCUCGAGGAGAAAUGCGAACAAACGAAAUGGCUGCAGCUGGCUUCACGAUGACAACAAGAAAGCUGUACCUUUGAAUUGCUUGACCUUGGUGCAAGAGCUGAUCCGCAAUCCGUCAUUUUGUGCGAUGAGCGAGCUUGGACUAAAGUCACUACUCAACCUCGCCUUCGUCUUGGAGUCGAUCUCGCGUGGUCUGAAGUCAACUCGGAGCCCGGAAAUCAGGCGGAUGUUGAUUGGGAGAAUCGAAUGCAGCUUGUUUCGCCUCAUCAAUGUGCCGAGCUUUCCUCAACAGAUUGUCUCGAGAAGCCGGAUUUCGUUCAACGCGUGGAAUUGCGGGACUUUGAGGGAAAUGCUUUGGAAUCUGCGGAAUCCCGGAGAACUUGAUCAUGUCGUUGAGGAAAACUGGCAGAAAGGAUUGAUGUGCGUGAGCAACAACGCCAGUGUUGACAACAGGGGACUCGUCUUGUUGUCGAAGACUCGACAGGACCAAGACGCUCCCUCAUACAACGCGUCGGAAGGAUCCUCAAUCGAAGAAAAAGAGAGAAUAGAAGCGAUCGGGACAUCAAGGAUCAUGAGGGUAGAACCCCGU